GAAGGCUGAAGAAUAUGUAAACACUUCCCUUAUUAUUGUUAGAAAACGCAUUUUAACCAACUUUGGAGGCUUAUUGUGAAGUAUGGCAUGGACAAAAUGUAAUGCAACAACAACGGAAAGAUAGUUUAAUCUAUCUUAUGCUGCGUUGUAGAGGUGAAGUGUCUACUGCCAUGUGAUACAAGUGAGAAAGGAGCUGGUUUGACAAUAUAACAACCAGCCAUGUUGUACAUCUUCCACGUGGAUACUGGCACCAUGAUGACCUUUGACAUGAACCUGGCCAUGGAAAAUGUGUCGGUUCUGCAGACGGUCAUCUCCAGCAUGUGCCACAUCUCCGAGGACAAGCAGGUGCUUCUGAUCAGUGGCGGGGACAGUCUCGACCCCACCCAGAGGGUGGCCAAGUACAGCGCUGGCACGGACACCAACCCAAUCUUCCUGUUCAGCAAAACCACCAUCGAGGCUGCCACGCCCCCCUCCCCCAGCAUACACUACGGAUCAGGUACUCGCUCUGAGAGACCAGAUAUUGAUCUUCAGGGUCAAGUUGAAGGGUCACUCAUCAUGCCUCCAGCCUAUGAGACAGUAGUGUCUCGGACCCAACUCUCUGUGCAAUUCCGUGAUGUUGAUGAGGAAGAGCUGAAGGCCUGUGAGCGUCUCGUCCACGAUCAGCAUCUACAACAGCAGGGAUGGGCCGCCGUUGUUGCAAACCUUGAGGACAUCACCAGUGCCCUGAGACAGAGAUGGGAGUUGUUUCAGGAGGCUUAUGACAACUACCUCACAGACCGACAGGGUUAUCUCAACACACUCGCCAGUAUCGGGCAGUCCCUGGAGCUCCUGUCCAAGAUCCCCCUGUUGACCUGCCUCAGCAGCCCCCUAGGUAUGGCCAUGUCCUACCCUCGUGAUGCCAGCAACACAGUCACACCUGAUGACAUGGAGUUGGCACAGUGUAAAACUCUCUUUGAGUGGAUCAGCUCUCAGGACCCUCAACACAGUCUGCAUGACAUGGUGGAGCAGUGCCUCAAGGCUGCAGAACAGUUUGACGAGAAGAUCCUCGACUCUCUGCACGCCGAGGUGCAGCAGACGAUGGAGGCUGUGGAUAACUGCAGCAUGAAGGAGGUCAAGGGGCUUGAGGACCGACUGUACGGACUUGACCAGUUCAUGUCCGGGGCCAGGAAGAUCGUGCAGGAACAGGCAGACAUGGCAAAGGGGUUUGUCCAGAACCAGAACCGAGUGAGCAAUCUGCGGGACAACUCCAUCCUGCCCGACCUGUGUGCCAGUCACAAGAAGCAGCUGGUGGUGAUGCUCAACAACCACAAGAAACUCCGCGACAUCAAGAAGAAGUGUCGCAUGGCCAAGGAGGAGCUCUCCAUCAACCUCCACACCAGACUAAGGUGGGUGAUGUUUGUGGAGAAGAAGAUUUGUGAUGUUGAUGGGAAACUGAUGAUAUACCGUGAGAAUCUGAAACGGCUCCAGAAACGUCUGGACAUCCUACACCAGAUUCAUGACGCACCCCGAGUCUAUGCGGAGCUAGUGGUCGAGGUCGUCAGAAGGAGGAAAUUCUCCACACAAUUCCUGGAGUGGGCAGGCAACCUGGCUCUGGAAUCUAGUCAGCUUCAGACAGAUGAAGUCAACAGGAGACAGGCAUUCCUCUCAGAGCUGGGCAAACACUUCCUGCAGUCCUUGUUCCAAGGGUUUGAGGAUAUUCCCCCAGUGUUCGCUGCCGAAGCCCCUGAAGAGUUUGACCAGAGGCUUCCUCCCAUCACAGACGAUGACAUUAAGAUGCUGCGAGACUCAGUUCCUGAACUUGCAGACAGACUCAGCAUCCCGUCAUCAGUAGCUGUGGGUGAGAGGAUGACUCUGCACACGAUGAUGUCAUCGGUCAGUGACUCCACAGUACAGUGUGAUGCUAUGGUGUGUCGCAGCCUCCCAGGCAUUGGGUCAUCGACAGCAACAUCGGACAUUGCCAUCAUACAGAGUCAGGGAGACCACCAGUUUGUGCAUAUAGAGAACAGUAACCUGAGUCUCAAGGACCAGGUAGCAGCAUGUGAGCCCCAUACUGACAUUAAGAUUAAACCCCAGAUUACUGUGAUCGCUGACAGACCGACUUUCCCGGUGCCACAGAGUCUUUCAGAAACAUUGACCCAGGAGAUGAGGGCAGAGGUGAAGGCCAAAGGGGACCUUGCUGGGAAGGCGAAUGUUAUGAAAAGUGCGAAAGGUUCUCAAAGUGUGGAUGGAAUUAAAUAUGUGAAAAUGUCAGACAGUGCUGAUGGACUUCAGUCUUCUGGAGAACCGACCAAAUCUUCAGAUAGUGAGGUAGGAAGUGCUGACAGGAGCCGGGAGAGUCUGCCAGGCAAGAAGUAUCAUGGGAAGGGUCACCUGACAGCUGACACAUCACCAGAAGUGGAAACCUCCCAGGAAUUCACGACUGCCGAUUUCUAUAUAGAUGAAUCGAUGCCUUCUUCCAUGACAGACUCUCCACCCAAUAAACACGCAAGUACUGGUGAGAAGGUCACCAUCUCUCAACAAUUGGUGGAAAAAACGCAGUCAGUAGCCAAAUUGGAAAUGGAGUUGGUUGAAAAUCAGGAAAAGCUCACAAAUUCACAGAAACAAAUACUUUCCUUCAAGGAAAUAAUAUCUAGAGAUAUACCAAAGCUACGAGAUUUACAUUCAGAUUUGCGUAAAACUGUGUUGUCAGACAAAGAAAGUAUGAGUAAGUAUAUUGAUACAUCUGUGAAAAGCACAGUGACUACAUUAACAUGUUUUCAUGACAAUGUUAAAAAAAGGCACGAUUUGGCUAUGAAUAUGUCAACAGCUGAACACGCAAAGGCCGUGAGUGAUUUUGAGAACAAAAUUGAUGAACUAUCUACAAGUAAAAAAUGAUUGCAGAAGAAAGUCAGUAACCUUCAAAGCAAGCUUCAGACAGGUGCCACUGAUCUGGAGAAGCUGAAAUUAGAUUAUGGUAAAGAGAGUAAAGAGAUGAAAGAGAAAUUUGAGGAGGAGAAGGAUGACUUAAUACGGAAGCACACCCUGGAACAAGAAGUAGAACUGGACAAGGUCCAGUCAGAGUACAAGGCCGAUUUGGACCAGUAUGAAGGACAGGUUCGGGAACUGACCGAUAAACUGACUGAAGCUGAACAGAAGAUUCACCUGAGUACAGCUCAAAUUGAGAAGGAAGUGAACCAGCUUAAUGAGAAGUUUGAGAAAGAGAAGGCAGCUUUGAGGAGUUCUCUGGAAGAGCGGUUCAGAAAGCAAGAAAGGGAGAAAGUUGAGGAAGUUCGGAAUGAAAUUGGAAAGGCCAGCGACGAAAAGAUUGAGAAACUCAUGUUGGAACAUGAAAGAAAGCUCACUCAAGAAAUGGGGAAACUAUGUCGAGAGAAGGAGCAAGCAUUGCUGGACCAGAAGGUUGAGCUGGAGAAGAUAAGUAAAGCAAAUGUUAGUGAUAUUAGGGAAAAACUGAACAGUGAAAAGGCUGCAGAAAGACAACAGAUUCAAGAGCAAAUGGAGAAGGGUUUUAACGAAAGACUUUAUGCUCUUGAAAGGGAACAUGGUGAGAAGGUGUCAGGACUUAAGCAAGCAUUUAACAUUGAGCGAACAGAGCUUGAGCAGCAGCUUAAGCAGCUGGAGCGGAGCGCCAUGAGCAGCACAGAGAGUCAGACUGAAGGGCAGGAGGUAAUGACACUCAGUCAACAUGAACUGAAGAUGGAAGAAGUGCAGAUGCAGUUGAAGGAGGAGAUGGAUGAGGCUCUACAGGAGCAGAAGAAGGUGCAUCAGAAGGAGAUUCAGGAGCUGGUCCAGAAGCUGGACAAGGAGAAGGACGACUCACUCAGCAUGAAGACCAGCAUGGCUGGAGAGAGACAGGUCCAGUUCAAUGAGGCUGUGAGUCGUGUGGGGCAGGAGAAGGACAAGGUGAUCGAUGAGGUGAAACAGCAGCUACAUGAACAGACAGAAAAGCUGGAGUCAGUUUCCAGUGAGAAGCUGUUGGUGGAGAAGGAACUGGAGCAGAUCCGGGACAAGCUUGAGGAAAAUGACAACCAGCAUAGGAGUACGGAAGCUCAGCUCCAGGAUGAGAUGUCGCUCCUCCAACAGAAGCUGACACAGCUACAGCAGCAGAUUCUCACCAAGUCCGAGAUCGCUGUUACACCACCAGACGUCAAGGAGGGUGCGUCAGUGGUUUCUAUUGAGUCUAAAGCCUCUGAGUUAGAAUUUGCCCUAAAGAACAAGGAGGAGGAGAUCAACAAGCUUCAGGAGAGAGUGAUGGAGCUCUCUAUGACAGCCAGCAUCAGGACACUCGCACAGGACAAGGUCUCCAUCACAAGCUGCAUGGUGGGGGACCUGGUGCUGCUCUGCCUUGACGAGCGACAUGACCAGUAUGUUGUGUUCACCAUCACCUCCACGCUGCACUUCCUCCACACUGAGUGCCUGGAGAGUCUGGGACUCAAGACAGGUCCGAGUGAAGCUAAGAAAUCCUGGGUACUUGCUGAGAUAGUUGAUAAAGAAUAUUGUCAGGCAAAGAAGCCCCAGAACAGAUUCAAGGUCCCGGUGGGAACAAAGUUCUAUCGCGUCAAAGCCAAACCAUGGGCAAGGGAGACAACUCGGAAAGACUCUGCAUCUUCCAGCAAAACCUCCCAGGCUGGUGCAGCAGUAUAACCUAGCCUCCUCCAUCUCGUGCAAUCUAGACGAUAUAUCACACCUCACCUUCAGUCAACAACAUGUACAUAGGAUAUUUAUGUAUUUUCUGCUUGUGAUUUUGGUAAUUAAUUAUUAAUAAGACAGAUGUAAUAUAAUUAUGACGUGAAUAAUACGGGAACUGUGUGUUUAUUAUUAUACCAAGUAAAGAACUUUCAUGUUAACCAUGGAGAACUGCAGUCAUUUCUUGUCGCUGGAGGUGUAGUAGAGUGUCUGUGAAGCUGUGCGGGAUUGUAAUGGCUUAAUGUAUGCUCAUUUUAAUAGAAUAUAUCCGUUGCAAAAUGCACAUAUCAAGCAAGACUUUAUGUUGCAAUAAGAUGUGUCCUUAUGUGAGAGGUCUAAUAUGUCAACAUUGAUUACCUUUGGUACAGUUGUAUGAAGAUUAGUCACAAUGUGUUCAUAAUAUACUCAUUACUGCAACAAGUUGAUUCUUGAAAUGCGAUGUGUCAUAAUUGUACAUUGUAUAUAAGUAUGGUUUAUGUGCAGGUGUGGGGAGUACUUGUACAUAUUUUGUAAGUCCCUCUAUAAGCAAUGUCGUACCUUGACAUACCCUCACCUGUCUUUUAAGAAUUCGGCAUCAGUAGCUGAUGCUGGUACUUGUCUGGCUCAUAAUGCUCCCUUUAUCGGGCAGUGGUUAAGGUGUUCCCUUGUCAUUCCAAAGUCCUAGGUUUGUUUCCCAACAUAGGUACACAGUUUGGAAAUGAACUGUUUUUUACUAGUCCUGAGAAACAGCGUUUGUAGCUAGUCUUGCUUGAACAAAAUAAAAAGGUAUGCUAUGUUUACAUUUUCAGUUGAAUUUGUACUAAAAUUGAAGCAUUGUGAACUGGUUCAGAAUUAUAGCUUUCAGACACAUAAAGUAAUUUCUUUGAGUGGCAUUUUGGAAGCUGGGAUUUACAAUAUAGACAAAUUUUGUGGAUAACAACUUCUUUAUUUUGUGAGUGCGACGUUUCCCUUGACAAUGGUACAAGAAUCUGUAUCAAAAUAUUGCACUCACGAAAUAAAGAAGUUGUUAUCCACAAAGUUUGUCUAUAUUGUACUAAAAGUAAUGAUGACAGUUAUCACGGUCUUUUACUUGUGCACAAUUUAUUAGUCCUAUUUCAGAUGUCCCCUGCCAUCAUAUUGCUAAAAGCAAUGUUAAACUAAACUCACUCUGUGUGUAAUCAUUGCUGAGUGUUUACUAAUGCAGAGGAAGCUGAUUAUAGUACACCUGUAUAUCUGGUUCAGGCUGGUACCGAUAACAGGUACAACUUACUUUAGUGAGAUACUUAAUUCAUGUUAAUUACCCACCUUACUUAGUACUAAGUAUGAUGAUAGGAACCCUCAAUAUUAUAUCAAAUCGUUGACAUGCCUUGAAUUAAAUACUAUUAUAUUCUAUGAGAGAAAACAUUUAAUUAAAAUGAAAAUUUAGCUAAGAAAUAUCAGUAUAGCAAGCAGUUUAUUAAGAAUUUCAAGAUAUCACUUUCUUAGUUAGAAGUACUAUAUGCACAAUGUCCUCUUUCUAAAAUGUAUGUUCUACUCUGAGACAGGAAUGAUUUAGGAUAUUUAGACAUAAUAUAUGUCCUUGACCAUUGCCUGAACCAUAUGCUCCAGAAUGUAUGCUAACUGUACUGUGAUUUUAGAUAGAGAAACCUUAUUUUACCUGGAAAUUAUCAAAUGUUUUUCUUCUUUUAUGCAUCUACUGGUGAUAUGGUUUAAUGUGUGAUGUUUUAUAUGCAGUUAGCAUGAGAGAAUAAUCUACAUGUCUACGGUAAUGUGUUUGGGAACAAUUUUGGUUUUAGUUGAACUUCAGCUAAUGUUUCUACCUAUUUGUUGUGUUAUUUUUCCUCUUGUUAUAUAUGUUUUAUUGACUUUCCAGAGGUCACUAUGAGAUGGUCACACUUAGGGACUGUGGUUCCAGGACUGGACUGAUGUAUCCAGAUCCUUAUCUGUGGUAUAUAGCUGUUAAUAGAAACAAAUAACAUAAAUGCCUGUUACUCAAAGUUUUAUUUUACCUUUUUUUUCAUUUACAUCAUUUUAUUAUUUAGUUUAGAGAUAACAUCAAUAAACUCUGACAGUUGAUAUGGAAGUGACUGAAAUAAUAACUGUGCUAUUUUUGUGCUGUCAGUGUAAAACCUUUAUAUAAUUCUGAUCCUCUGGUUGGUGCUGUGAUUUCCAGGAUGGCUCUGUAAGGUCAUUCUGUAAAGUUAGUUCGGAAAUUCACUAGUCUCACAUCACAAUCCAUCAGACCAUACCUGUUCAUGUCACAGCACCAAACUAUUUCCAUCAGUUAUGAAAGACUUUCUAUAUUACUGUUAAUAAACAUUGGGACACAUGCAACAGAUACGAGGAAUCGGGUUCUACCUGUUGAGUAAUAGAAUGUAUGCCAUAGAAUUUGCGGGCGAUGGGGUAGCCUAGUGGUUAAAGCGUUCAGUCAUCACUCAGAGACCCCGGGUUCAAUUCCCCACAUUGGUAAAAUGUGUGAAGCCCAUUUCUGGUGUUCCCCGCUGUGAUAUUGUUGGAAUAUCGCUAAAAUCUGCGUAAAACUAUACUCACUCACUCAAUAUGUUACUGUUAAUAAAACUUUAGGACACAGAUACAAGAGGAAUGAGGUUCUACCUGUUCAGAAAUAGAGAGUAUGCCACAGCAUUUGCAUUCUGUAGUUUCUGAACAGGUUAUUCUAAACAGUUCUGGUACUGUAGCACAUAAUUAUUGAAUUGUGGUCGAUAUUCAAUAUUGGAUACAUUAAGGGUUUUCAGUUUACAUUCAGAGUUAAAAUAUGUUCAAUUUAUUUUAUUUCCAAAAAAGAAAUGUUCACACAGUCAUAACACCUGUCAAAUAAUUGGGUUUGUUUGUUUUGGGGUCCUGUGUUUAUAGGUGUUCUUGAUAUUGUUAAUAUGUGACAGUAUGGUGUUAUUUUAUUUAUAGUGUUCAUAUUCUGAGGAUGAAUGUGAUCUUUUUUGUACAUAUUCCUCAAUAUUCAAUAUCCUCACUGUAAAUCUGGUAAGUAUUGCAAGAAAGAACCUCAACAACUGUGCCAUAUCCUCGUCAUCACUUCAGAUGUUGUAAAAGAAACACUUCAAAUUGUAAUCAUUACAACCGAUAUUGCCUUUGUUUUGAUUUUAAGCAAUGGAUCAGAAUUACAUAGAUCCAGUCACCAUUGACUCACUUAGUGUAACCUAGCUAGUUUCAACAGAAGCAAUGGGACACAACCAGUUGUAUGUCUUUGUUUUCAACCAACUGGUCAGAGGGGUCACAAGAGCUUCUUGACACCUCCUGGCAAAUCCUCUUGUGUUUGAUCUCAAUCAUCUCAACAACAGUGAGCUGCAGUACUUUAUGUAGUUCAGGUUCAACACUAUAUUUACCUAAUACCAGACACUCCAGGUUUACAGUAUACUGAUUAUUCCCAUGUAUGUGAGCAUGUUGAAGAGAAUGGCAAUAUACAUAGUGAUAAAGCUUCUUGUGGUGGAGUGUACAUUAACAUAUUAACAUAUGGGAUACAUUACAAGUGUGGUCAUGAAUGGCAAAGUAGUUAGUAUAUAUAUAUAUGUAUUGUAGAAUGUCUUCACCGUGUAUUUGUCUACUCUAAAUUGAGAUUAUUUUGAAAGUAAGAUGGUGAAUAAUGAUGUACCUCAAUUUGAUCACUGGUGUUUUGAUUGUCAAAAGAAACAAUAUUCAGUCUAUCGAUAUCUCAUAUUUUAUUCAAUAAGCUCUUAAUGUGUACCUUAGUGAUUUGUGGACACAUCAUAUACCAGUAUGCCUUUUCAACUGUUCAUCUGUAUAUCACAAGAGGGAAGCUUUCAAAUAGGUGUUUCUUCUCAUUCACUAAAUUCCCAAUAAAGUUUGUGUCUCAGAUCCUCAUAGUUGUAGAGUGGUAGUCUAGGUGUUAAUAUGUUCGCUUGUCAUGCCAAAGACCAAGGUUGAAUUCCAACAUUGGUACAGUCAUGAUGUUGCUGCAACACCGUUAAAAGUCCAAAUGCCUGCUGUAUUUUAUCACCAACCAUUUAUGGCUUAACACAUUAAAUCAUUUUCAUAUUUGGGUCUUUGUCACUGAAUUGUCAGUGAUGCGUAGUCUUCUGAUUGUAUGGCAAGGAAGUGUAUUUUGUUGUAAUUUACUGGUGAUUCAGUGAACUACACGUACCGUCAUGUCAGUAAGUUGUGUCUCACAUUGAGGCCAGCCUGGCCAUUUACAGUGAUAUUUAUAUUUUUAUUGAUCACUUUGACGUUAGUACGCUGAAUACACAUGCUUGUUGCAGGGAAUAAAUAUCUGAAUAUUGUAAUGUCUGGCUGAGCUGCCUUCCAUGAGCAUCAAGCUCGUGAAAUUUUAAGAUAUACUGUGUGGUAUGUAUAGAGAGAUUCUGUGUAACAUAAUGAUUUACAAAAUAAUCUUUCUGUGUCAACUGACCUGCAGUGCAAUAGUUUUUACUAAGAACUAGGAUUGGCCGAGAUCUCUGCUUCUUCUUUUGGUGUUAGUAAUGAUCUUUUGUCAAACUGUGUCACUGUAACAAAAUAUCAUGUCAUAGUGAAAGGAUUGUACUUCUGUUUGUUGUGCCCGAGGGCUCUUGUGGACCUGUGCCAAAGGUUGUAGGGCACAGUUGCCUCUCAUUUCUGUGUACAGAUAUCUGAAGGAAGUUGUGUGUAAGUGCCUCUGGCCUAUGUCUUACAUGUGCCACUAGUGGGGUGUGUGAUUUACGAACAGAAUUGGCUUGUACACCAAAGGACGUUACGGGUGUACAUGAACGUUCAGCUCGUAAUGGCCCAUACAACCAGGUGACACAUGUAACAAAUUUAUCACUACCAGUUCAAAACUAUUUUCAGUGAAAAGGUUAGCUGAGAUGUAACAGACGUAAAGGGACUUCACAUCGGACAUUAUUAUACCUUGAUAUCCAACACUACCUUCACUUCACAGAUGUUGGCUUGUACAUGUUGGCAACUGUGCAGUUACAAAGCUAGAUUAUUUAACAAAAAAUGAUAAUGGUGUUUAAUGCACCUCUAUGCACAAGGAUAUGUGGACUUGUGUACAAGUGCCUGUGGACUAUUGCGUACCAUCGUCCAUGGACUGUUGUAUACCACUCCCUCAGGACCUGUGUACAAGUGCUUGUGGAUUAUCGUAUACCACUGCCUCAGGACUUGUAUACAAGUGCCUUUGGACUAAUGUAUACCAUCAUCCAUGGACUGUUUACAACAGGUAUCUGUGGACUGUUGUGUGUCAGUGCCACUACACAUCUGUUCACAUUUGCCUAUGGUCUUUUGAAGCACAAAAACCAGUAAAGACAAUAUGUAUUUUGUAAAUUUAAAAGUUUGACUUUUUGUGGGGACCUUCCUCCCAGUGGGCAUAGUUUGAUUUAAAAUCUUUGUAAAAUGAUCAUUCACUGACAUCUCAGUGUGACAGACCACUAUUUAAUACUGUACAUACUUAUUGGCACAUACAAUUCUAGAUUCUAUAUUGUUGUUCCUGGAUGUAGCUGUGUUGAAGUUUACAGGUCAGUUCUUGGUGGAAAGGUUUAAUGCUGUUGACAGUUGGAUGGUUGUGGAUACGUAGGUCUGUGAUGAGCUGAAAGUCAAAAGAUUUUGUUUGACCAUGAUGUGUGAACUUCAACACAGCUGAUACUUGUCAAAUAUACAUGUGAAUGAACUUUAGGUAGCCCUUAGAUGCAAGAUAUUAUCUUUUGUACAUAGGUAGGUUAACAAAUUUUGGGUGUUUUUUUUAUGACUUAGUUUGAGGAUAUUUCUUUCAGAAAAUCAGUCGGCUGUGGGGAAAAAAACACAUGAUUUUUGCAGUUGUGCUCAAUAGGUCUAAAUUCAACGAAAGUAUGAAAUAAAGUGCUGCUUCAGAUAUUUCUUCAACAAACAGGGGCUAAUUAUCUUUACAUAUGAAAGUAAAUGUGAUUCUUCUUUCACUUCUGAAAUUGUGUGAUCUCAGUUCUCUGAUGUUAUAUCCCUUCUACAAGAACACACACCACUGUAUGUCUGUGCGUGUGCCUGUUGCCAUGGUGAUAUCUAGAGCUUAUUGUUAGUACCUUGUGAACGCCAGUCAGGUAGCAGUGUUGUGAUAAUUUGUCUUAUAUUGAGUGAUAGCUGUCUGCAUGGUUCUGGAUGAAAGAAGGAAAGAUUCUUUUCAGUGUAUAUAAACUUCUAUGAUCCAAGUUCAAAAUAAAUUUAUUAAUUUA